UGUCGUAUUAAUAAUAAUUUUGUUUGUUAUUGUUUAAAGGCUGGAGGUAAAGCUGGUAAAGAUUCAGGAAAAGCAAAAGCCAAAGCUGUUUCACGUUCGGCCCGCGCUGGUUUACAGUUCCCUGUUGGUCGUAUCCAUCGUCAUCUGAAGAGUCGUACAACAUCGCAUGGACGCGUAGGUGCCACCGCCGCUGUUUAUUCUGCUGCCAUUCUGGAAUAUUUAACAGCAGAAGUUUUGGAAUUGGCCGGUAAUGCAUCAAAAGAUUUAAAAGUCAAACGUAUCACUCCCCGUCAUUUGCAAUUAGCCAUUCGUGGUGAUGAAGAAUUGGACAGUCUUAUCAAAGCAACCAUUGCCGGUGGUGGUGUCAUACCACACAUUCACAAAUCUCUGAUUGGCAAAAAAGAAGACAACGUACAAGAGCCGCAAAGAAAAAAUACCGUUAUUUUAUCGCAAGGGUAUUAAUAUUUUAAUUUUUCAUUUACAUAUAUUUUUUUAAUUUUUAUUUCUAUUGCUAAUAAUUAUAUAAUGAUAAAAAUAAUAUAAACCUUACAAAAAAACGUAAAAUAAUAAAUUUU